GUUCGAUUGUUUACACAAUGCCAUAUAUAAGGAGUAAGGAGGAGGGUUUGACAAUCUCAGUUGAAGAUCUCACGCCAAUCGGGAACAUCGAGUCGAGUUGGCAAGUCGAACGGUAUAGGAAACUUUUCUUCGUCCCUUUCGAAAGUAUUUUAAAAUCUUCAAGAAGAAAGUAAUUUCUUUGCCGUGUGUUGAUACAGAAAACACAGCGGCUCCACAAAUACAACGUAUUUCUUUCGCAUCGGGUCGAAUCGUCAAAAUCUCAUACCUACUGAGGAAACACGAUAUAAUAAAUCGUGUACAGUGAUAAAAGACAAAAUAGUUAAAUCAGUAGUGUGAUUAAAUUCGUAAGAUAGUGUGUAUAUAUAUACAUAUAUAUAUACACAUAUCACGAAAAAAAGAUAUUUAAUCGUGUCGAUUGUGAUAAAGAAAACAAGAAGACAACGAUGAGAUACGAAAUGAGAACGUGCUAUUUCUUAGCUCUUCUCGCAGUUGCCAUCGCAGCCCCGAAUAGAAACGUCAGAUCUUUGACGACUCUUCCUCCUUGGCACCUGCCAUGCGGCGAAGUUAUCGAGCAAGAUUCUUACGAAGACUCGCAGCAGGAGUUAGACUCGAUCUUGAGCGAUUUGAGAUUGCAGCAUCAACUGAUGCUGCAGGAUUAUCUCAAUCGUGAUUACGAGUAUCUUUACGACCGCGUUAGGAUCGGCGUUCACGAGCAUCAGUACAUUCCAAAUUGGGUGCCUGGAAAGAAGGAUUCUAAUCAUAUCCGGAAACUCGCUAAAAGCAAUCAACAAACGAUCGUCAAUCACUUGCCAAAGCUUCACAUGGAUCUCCAAAAGUUUGCGGUUGCCUUCGAAGAAUUGAUAGAAGAUGAAACACUUUCGAAAACCCAAGAGGCUUUAAAAGCUACACAAUCUUAUCUCAUGAAAAUGCUCUGCGAAGUCGAAAGUAAUAUAGCCGUUCUUCCAACUCUUCGUUUACCGCAUCGCGUCGAGAGAAGCAUUAUGAGUAGGAUCGAAAGGGAUCCGAAAGACGACACAAGGAGACUCGUUCGCGAUUGGGGCGUUUUACUUAAAUACAAGGAUUAUCUUCACGCUUGGAGACACGUUUUUGAUUAUUAGAUUAUAUAUGUGGACAUGAGGACACGAAGACGCGAAUUCCUAAGAUUCGUAACAAAGAAGAACGUUGAUAAAACGAUACGAAUGUUGAUAAAAGGCGAUACAGAUUAGUUUAGGGAUGAUCCAUCGUGUGUUCGCGAUCGAUAUCGUUAAAUCGUUAUUUAAGACGUAGUCAUCCAAAAUCGCCUCAUAAAUAAUAUUACGAAUCGUUAGGUUUUCAUAGAUUUUACUCGUAAUUUAUUUAUUUAUUAAUUUAUUUCAUCAUUAUUAUUAUUAUUA